AUGGCCUGUGGUGCUACGCUCAAGAGGAGCUUAGAAUUCGACCCACUUCAUAGUCCAUCGCAAAAUACUCCGAAACGUCGAAGGUGCAUGCCGAUGACUUUAUCACCAUCAACUCCACCAACCAGACCUGAACAAACUGAACCAUCACCUUUUGACAAUGUUUUACCAAAAUUAACACAAGAACAAAUAGCUGCUAAUAUCAGCAUGGAGAUCAAGAGAUUACAGCGGCGGAGACAGUUACAUUACCAGCGGGCUAGCAGUCCCCCACCUCAAGAGGCUGGCAAUUCACAGUCAUGCACAUCUCUAUUGUCUCAGAAUUCACUCUCUCCUAGUAAGAAAGAUGCACCUUUGUUUACUUUCAAGCAGGUAACUAUGAUUUGUGAAAGGAUGCUCAAAGAUAGAGAGUCUCAGGUCAGAGAAGAAUACAACUCUGUACUUUCAAGCAAGUUAGCAGAGCAAUAUGAAGCAUUCUUGAAAUUUAAUCUUGAUAUGAUCCACAAAAGCUUAGUUGAUUCACCAUUUUCUUAUAUCUCCUAA